CCUAGAUCUUAUCAAGAAUUCAGGCCCGGAAGCCUUGGAAUCUUCCAUUACGAAAGCGGCUUACACAGAUCUUCGAUGCGGGGCUUUAGGCGAAGCAUUAAAAAGUCGGAAAGCGACAUUUCUUGCUUCAGACCAGUGGUUCACUAUUACCAACAAAUUAUCGAUAAAAAACCAUCGGUAACUGCUAUUGGACAUUGUUGCUCAUAUACCCGGUCUCCUUGAGCGCGGCGACCAGUCAAAACUUCUUGGUCCGAUAGAGAUGAAGGAUACCAUAAAUCUCGGCGCAGUAGAUAAAUGUUGUCACCAAAGUGCUCAAUCUCUUCAAAUUAUCGAAUAUUUCGGAGAUUGCGAUUCAAUAAUCCGAAAGCUUCACUGUUGGCUACAAUCGCUGGAGGAAUCUGAGGGGGGCCGCGUCUGGUGGUACUCAGAUGAGCCAAAUCCGGAUCAAAACUGCCAACAGCGUCACGCGGAAAAGUCAAAGGACGAUAUUUACUCUUCGACAAUACAUUUCUCAAACCCUUGGAUUCCGGGGGUCGUCAUCUAGUACUGGUCCAGCUUAUUGGAACUUUCGAGCACAAUCCUCGAGGUACGCCAGUUGAUCAAUCACAAGUCGCCCUACACACCCUGCCUCGGAGUAUUGAGCGCCGACUCACCAUCCUUAUUCAUGCGUCUGGAAACUGUGAAUGAAUUCGCGAUACACCUUUGCCAGACCGUGAUUCACCUUAGCUCGACACUAGAAGGCUGCACGAUGUCACACAUUCCCGCAGAACUAGCGGAACAGUAUUUCAUACGCCUACUUUCCACCGAUCAGGAAAGUCUCUUACAGAAGGAUGCCGAGUAUUUGAAGAAUAGGGAAAAGGCAUAUAUUGGCUUACAGCUCUGCAGAAAGGGGCUGGACAUAUUGCGCUCUACUGUUAGAACCUGAUUCACACCUCUAGAAGUUAUGAAUUGGAUAUUUCUGUAUUUUAUCCCUGGGCUAAAAACUUUUGAAUCGACUAUACACGCGCGUAAAAUGCUG